GUUCUUUCGAGAUGGUGGAUGAAGAAGCCUCCGCCGUGGUCGUCGACAAUGGGUCUGGUAUGUGUAAAAGCGGCUUCGCUGGCGACGAUGCACCUCGAGCCGUCUUCCCUUCCAUUGUCGGUCGUCCAAGACACAAGGGUGUGAUGGUAGGCAUGGGGCAGAAGGACUAUUACGUCGGUGAGGAGGCCCAGCACAAGCGGGGUAUUUUGAGCCUCCGUUACCCCAUCGAGCACGGUAUCGUCACCAACUGGGAUGAUAUGGAAAAGAUCUGGCAUCAUACCUUCUACAGUGAGCUCCGUGUCGCCCCCGAAGAACAUCCGCUCCUCCUAACCGAGGCUCCGAUGAACCCCAAGAUGAACAGGGAAAAGAUGACACAGAUCAUGUUCGAAACAUUCACUUGUCCCGCGUUCUAUGUGGCCAUCCAAGCCGUUCUAUCUCUAUACGCCUCCGGGCGAACCACUGGUUUGGUGUUGGACUCGGGAGAUGGGGUGACCCAUACAGUGCCCAUCUACGAGGGAUACGCCCUCCCCCAUGCGAUCAAGCGAAUCGACCUAGCCGGUCGGGACCUUACUGACUACCUAAUCACACUGCUGACAGAGAGGGGGUACUCUUUUACGACAACAGCCGAGCGGGAGAUCGUCCGCGAUAUCAAGGAGAAGCUCUGCUACAUCGCCCUCGACCUCGAGCAGGAGAUGAACCUCAGCAGCUCGUCUUCGAGCCUCGAUAAGACAUACGAGCUACCUGAUGGCCAGGUUAUUACCAUUGCAAACGAACGAUUCCGAUGUCCAGAAGCUCUUUUCAAGCCCUCCCUCAUUGGUUUAGAGACGACAGGUGUUCAGGACACUGCUUACAGUGGCAUCUUGCAAUGUGAUGUCGACAUCCGCAAAGAUCUCUACUCCAACAUCGUCCUCUCUGGCGGCACCACCAUGUUUCCUGGCAUAGCAGAGCGGAUGCAACGAGAACUGGUGAGUCUGGCGCCCUCAACGAUGAAGAUCAAGGUGGUUGCGCCACCAGAGAGGCGAUACUCAGUGUGGAUCGGCGGUUCGAUUCUCUCCUCUCUCUCCACCUUCCAGCACAUGUGGAUCAGUCGGGCCGAGUACAACGAGGUCGGACCUGCCAUCGUACAUCGCAAGUGCUUUUGAGGAAUGUUCUUAAAGUUUACUUCUACCUUCUUGUAUGAAGCGCCAAUACAUCUCAACCAAUGCAGCAGGGAUUGUCAACGGUGGUAGACCUAAAAUGGCACCAAACAUGACCAAGAUGCAAGCCCUGUUUAUAGUGUGGAUAGUGGUAGUGUAGUGUAGAUGGUGUUAGAUUAUAGUAACAUAGUAGUA